CCUUCUUAAAAACUGUCCUGCUCCCUGCCUCUGACAACUUUCUCGCACACAAUAAAGUGCAGAACAUGUCAUACCUGGCACCCAUAUGUACAAUUGGUGGUCAAGGAGGACAUGGUUUUGACUUUGAUGGCACUGAAUAUGGAGCCACACUGAAAAAGAUCUGGGUUUGGGCCGGCAGCUGGCAGAUAAAAGCUGUCCAGGUUUGGCUAUCUGAUGGCCAGUCCAAGCAAUUUGGUGAACCUGGAGGGAGGUUUUCACAAUUUGAGUUGGAAGAUGGAGAGCAUUUCACUUCCCUUUCACUUUGGGGAAAUGGAUUUGGAACACGUCUGGGUGCCAUCAAAUUCAAGACAAAUCGCUCCCGCGAAUUCUUUCCAAAAAUGUCCGACUACGGACUGAAAACCGAAUAUCCGAUUGAUGUGGGAUCUGGGAUCUGCGUGGGAAUCGGAGGCCGUGCCGGUGCAGAUAUCGAUUCCUUAUGCUUCAAAUUCAUCAACACCAUCAAGUCUGCUAAGCUAACAAAUGUUCAGUAUCCCACGCUUUAUAGUUUGUUACCUAAUGUCGCUGUUGAGGAAAUCAAAUCCAUGACAUACCAUAACAAUACUAGUGAAACUCAAGAAUAUGAAUUAGAAACCUCCAAAACAAUCACCAGAAAGUCAUCCUGGUCUGUCACCAACAAGCUGGAAUCCAUGCUUCACAUGGAAGUGAAGGCAGGAGUUCCAGGUCUUCUGGAAGUUGAAACUGGAUUCAAACUUACAGUGGGAAACGAGAGCUCAUAUGGUUUGGAGAACACCGAGGUGAAAACUGAAGGGUACACGUUUCCUGUCAAAGUCCCUCCAGGGAAAACCAUAGACGUGGACAUCACGAUCGGCCGAGCUACGUUUGAUCUCCCCUACACUGGCACAGUCCAGAUUACCUGCUACAAUGGCAGCGUGAUGGAGUUUAAAACCAGUGGAACCUACAAAGGCGUCACUUACACUGAUGCAAAAAUAAUUGUGAUGGAAUCAGGAAAAAGCCUGUAAAUUCUGGAUCUUCACAAAGAGCUUGGCACAGACACACAUUUUUUGACUGGUAAAAGUAAAAGAUUUUUUAAAAACAUUCUCAAAAAAAUUUCAGUUCAUCACUCAAUUUAAUUUAUUCUAGCUUGAUUUGCUGAAAAGUCCAAAUCUAGUCCAUGGUCCAUCUUCCCUUCCUGUUCAUAAAAAUAAAUUAAAUGUAACUCAUUUCAGUGGCAUGAAACAGAGAUAACCGAAAAAAAUGCCACUGAAUAGCUAAAUUAAGCAAUUAAACAUUCCCCUUUUCCACACUUUCACAUAAUCUUUCAAAGAAGAAGAUAAUGCUGAGGACAUUCUAGUGAUGUUAGUUCUCCUACAGACCUGUGACCUUUAACAAACAUCCUCAUCUGGAGCAGCUGUUCCACCUGAAUAUCAGAAAAACACCAAAGGAAGCUUGAUGUAUUUAUGGACACAGUGAAGGUUAUGUUUAACUAUUACUCCAAGCUAACAUGAUCCACCAAUUAACAUCUGUGCCAUUAAGUGGACCAUUAAACCUGAGCUGUGAAGUGGCUGAUUUAUGGUUUUGAUUCAGACAUGCCAGCUGGAAGUGACCUGGAGCUGCCUACACGUGCAUCACGAGGAUACAAAAGAGAUGAAAUACUUAGAACACUGUAUACAGCGAAUCCAGACAUCACUACAUCACUGUCAAGAGCUUCUUAUAUCUGCUGGAAAGUGAGUGCAAGUUAAUGAGUCUCAACCUUCACGUCCCAAAGUCUCAACCCCCUCACCAACCACACCUUGGGGGAAAUAUUAAGGUCAACUGAUAGUAUUUAGAGACAGUAUUUAACUCACCUUGUACUUCUCAGAACUGUUAGUGUAAACUAAAAUUACCGAUUAACUGACUAAUCAUGCGACUUUUAGUGGCAACAGGAACAAGAACUAAUUUACGUGUUACAUUUCGACAUAUCCAUCAUAUAUCAGUAAAGGAAUCAUUUAUCCAUGAGUUAUUUCUUAUGAGUAGUAUCUUGAUGUAAUCCUCUGUUAUACUGUGUAGCUACCACAUUUUAUUAUGUUACCAGAAGACUGGUGUAUAUCUGCUUCUGUGUGUGAUUUAGAGUUAUUAUGAUAGAAAGCAGGCAGCACGGUGGCUUAGUGGUUAGCACUGUUGCCUCACAGCAAGAAGGUCCUGAGAGGGAGACUCUCUCUAUCAGGACUGAUGUGAAGUUGAUUUUCAUCAUAUAUGUAUUUCCUUUCUUGUUAAUUAUGUAAUCAUAUGUGAUAAUUCAUGUCCAUUUUUUUUUAGUUUAACCAAGUUUUUAGUUUAUAUGUAACCAAUAACAAAGCACAAGCCCUGUGUGGUGAACUAUAUAUUUGCAUGUAACACUU